CUGGGGAUUCACGCUUCAGCAUAACCUGGAUAGAUCGCGGAGAGAGAGAGAGAGAGAGAGAGAGAGAGAGAGAUGAGCUUCCUAUUUACGACACUGACGAAGAAGCAGGAGGUGGACUCUAUCAUCAGAGACACCAUUGACAAAGUUCUUGUGCUUCGCUUUGGCAGAGCUUCCGACGCCGUCUGUCUCCAGCUUGACGAUAUUCUAUCAAAAUCAUCACGGGAGGUUUCCAAAUUUGCAACUAUAGCGUUGGUAGAUAUUGACUCAAAAGAGAUUCAGGUUUAUGUCAAGUAUUUUGACAUUACUUUGAUACCAUCAACAAUUUUUUUCUUCAAUGCCCAACACAUGAAGAUGGAUUCAGGGACUGCAGAUCAUACUAAAUGGGUUGGUGCUUUUCAAAGGAAACAGGACUUCCUUGAUGUUGUGGAGGAAAUAUUUAGAGGAGCCAUGAAAGGCAAGCUGAUUGUGACUUGCCCCCUACCACCAGAGAGAAUACCCAAAUUCCAGCUGUUGUUCAAGGAUGUAUAACCACUGAAAUUUUAUCUUAUGCUGAAUAGAGUAGAAGGGAUGGUAAAAUGGUGCCAAUGAAUGGUUUGCAUGAGCUGGAAUGUCCUUGAUUCUGUGCAUAUACUUCGCAGGUGAUUUUACAUACUUAUAGGACAUGGUAGAUGAAGAUGAUUCCAGAGUCAACUUAAAUUAUAUUGGUCUGAGUAUUUUAUGAUGAUUUAAUUUGGCAAUCUUUCCUUGUGAUGUAAGAGUGAUUCCAAUGGAGCAAACGGUCUAGUCAUCUAUGUAUUCUGAAUCACCCUAUGUAAUAUAUGAAGUCAGAUGAAUCUUGCUUUUGGGUUAAA